AUGGGGUUUCGAAUAACCACAUGGAAUGGUAUGUCUCAUUCUCGGCGAUUCUUCAACGGCAUCAGAAACCCUUUCUCGUAUCAGCCAUGGUGCGAAAAGCGCACCUUUCAGGAUAUGUUUGAGAUUCUCGAAGCCGAUAUUGUUGUGAUGCAAGAGACGAAGAUACAGAGAAAGGACCUACGCGAUGACAUGGUGCUCGUUCCCGGGUGGGACGUGUACUUUAGCCUACCGCGCCACAAGAAGGAGGGAAUCACGGGGAUCCUUCCAGCGCCCAAGUCGACGGUCAGCUUCCGCGAUCUGCCAGAGGACCAACAGAUCGGUGGGUACCCACGAGCCGGGCAGCUGUCAGGGGUGGUGGACGAGAUGACGCUGGAUUCGGAAGGACGGUGCGUCAUACUAGAGUUCCCAGCCUUUGUCCUGUUGGGGGUGUACAGCCCUGCCAACCGGGACGAGUCUCGCGACGACUUCCGGCUGGGAUAUCUCGAGGCCUUGGACAUGAGGGUACGCAACCUGGUAGCGAUGGGCAAGGAGGUGAUCCUCACCGGGGAUCUCAACGUGAUCCGAUCCGAGUUGGACUCGACCAACAUGGGGGAGCAGCUGCGCAAAGCAGGUGUGAGCGUCGGGGAGUGGCUGUCGACGCCGUCUCGGCGGCUAUUCAAUCACCUCAUCUUUGAGGGCUCAGUCCAGGGCCCGCGGGACGAGGGCAGAGAGGAAGGUGUGCUCUGGGACAUCUGCCGAUGCUUCCACCCGGACCGGGAGGGGAUGAACACUUGCUGGGAUACGAGGAGGAAUACACGUCCGGCCAACAACGGGAGCCGGAUAGACUACGUGCUGGGUAGGGAUUGGGGCGAGCAUGGGUAUAGCGAGGAGGUGUCGUGGCUACUGGAUCUAGUGAAUCCCCCUGGCAUGUUCAAGGAUGGGAGGCGUCAAAUAGAAUGGAGCCAGCGGCAUCUCCUCCCCUUGUCGGCUAAGCUUAUCCCGGAGUUUGACAAGCGACGGAGUAUCCGUGACAUGUUCACCAAGAAGACGACAGCCCCGCCAUCAGCACCAACAGUGGUAUCACCAUCAUUGUCGCCGGCAACCGGUCCAAGCGUGUCGCUUACACGGGCGCCUUCGCCCUCGACCCGCCACGCAUAUGCCAAUAUCACAUCAGGCGAGAGGCGCAUCAAAGAAGAUGACAAGGACAAGGACAGGGGCGGGCAGGAGGGCACAGCAGCAGCAGGAGGAGGAGGGGGAGUGGAGGCGGAAGAAGCGAGUCAGGGCGCAUCCCAGCGGGUUGGUUCAGGAUAUGGGGCUGCAGGCAUCGCCGCCGACUCUGCCGCCUCCGCCACUGGCGUGCCGGAUGCGAAGGUGCGACUGCAGUGGACAAAGAGGGCACGGGCAUCAGGUGACAGAACAUCACCGGUCAAGGCGAAGAGGGCCAAGGCGAGUGCGGAAGUGGGAGGCGAUACGAACCGAGCGAAGGCCACGACGCCAGGUCCCAAGCAGAGGAGCAUACAGGGAUUCUUCAAGCCCAAGAAUGCCUCGGCUUCUACUAUUGGUUUCAGCCCUUCUUCUGGAGCUGGAGCUGGAGCUAAAGCGAGAGCGGGGACUGGGGUGGGCGCCGAUGCUACCAAAACGGCCAAGACAUGUGCGGAUGUAGAUGCACGAGUGCGAGUGCCUGCACAGGGAGAUGCACAGACAGACCCAGAUGCAGACGCGGGUGAGACGGCCAACACUGGAACCAACACCAACGCCAGCGAGGGUCCCAGCAGUGGCGGCGGUGGUGGUGGUGGUGUCGAUGAUGAGGACGACGAUGAUGACGAGACCAACAACGUUGCCGCCGACCAGAGCUCUCCAAGCCUGGGCACGCAAGCGGUCGUCAGCAGCGAGGCCGACAGCGAGGGCGGUCGACGACGACGACCCCAGAACGGCGUGGUCCCCACCCAAGGUGAUGGCGGCGACGGCGGCGGUGGUGGUGGUGGUUGCGAGAAGGAGGAUGAGGAGGAGGAGGAGGAGGAUGAUCGCGUCUUCGACCCUAUAGAGGCCAAAGAAUCAUGGUCAAAGCUGCUGGGCAAACGGGUCGUUCCCCGAUGCGAACACCAUGGUGAACCCUGCAUCAGCCUUGUCACCAAAAAGCCUGGUAUCAAUUGUGGU